AUGGAAGAAAUGGCUUCUCUUUGGAGUUAUCAAGAGAAUGUUGAUGAAUUGAAUCAGAAGCUUCUGUAUACCACUCUUGAGCUCGAGAAAUUAAAAGCGGAAACAAGUGAGGAAAUGGUCAAGAAUAAGGAAUAUGUGAAGCAAUUAAUUCAACUUCUAAAGAUUGCUAUCCAAGAAAGAGAUGAAGCCAGAGUUCAUCUGCAGAAUUACCUCAACAGGUCUCCACCUUUAACUUCUCCGACCGAAAAUUUAGCCGUGCUUCCUCACUUUCAGGCCGAUAGCUCGCUUUUAAAACCUGGAAAAGCGAAUUCCAGUGUCACCGAGUCCAACAGCCUGUCAGAGACGUACAAUUCGUCUCCUAUUGAUUCCCUUUUCGAUGCUGUCACGUCGCCAGAACUCUCCAACAUCAACUUGGUUGUGAAUCAGCCUUUGUUUCAUGACUGCAAUGUGGUUAAUGUCCCUGUUUCGACCAAUCAGGUCAAGCCAUGUGCUCCUAUAAUCGAUCGGGCCUCGAUGAUUAUAGACAACCUUGUCAGGGGACGAGCCCUGCCUCAGAAAGGGAAACUCCUGCAGGCUGUCUUUGAAUCAGGGCCGCUUCUUCAGACACUGCUUGUGGCUGGAUCACUUCCUAGGUGGCGUAAUCCUCCUCGGCUUCAACCUUAUCAAAUUCCACCCGUCUCGAUCAAAGGCCCUGAAACUGAGGUUUUUGCUCAGAAACCGGACUCAAAUUUUAACCAACUUGCUUCUUCCAGGGGAAUGAAUUCACAACCUUAUGCUAUGAUGUCCUGUGGAUCUUCCCAAAUCCUUUCACCGCCUAUGUUAAAUUUUGCUAAUAUACCCUCUGGAUCAUGUCUGGGCAGUGCAGGUACAGCUACUAACAAUUCUGUCCCUCUGGUAAAGAGACAAAAGCUGUACUGA